AAUCUAGAGAUAAAUUAUCGUUAAAACAUUUUGCACGGCGAGAAUCGGUAUAUUUCUAGGGUCUAGAUCUAUUAGAUAUUGAGGGCCUAGAUAUUAUAAAAUAACUAGUGUAACUAGUCUAGAUCUAUUCAUCAUCACCCGUCAUCGAUAAGAUGCAGGCUUUCACAUUUUGACUAAGGAAAUGGCAUUUAGCAAUUUACCUACAACCAAAGAUGUACUGGGAGAACAUUUGUUUUACAAAGUUGAAGAAUCACUCUCUACUUACUUUGCAAAUUAUGAGGUUUUGCCAGAUGGACAGUCCAGUCCUGCAGAAAAAAUUACAGGAAUGUUACUGGAAAGGUCAAUAAAAGAUGUCAACCAUAUGUUGACUGAUCAGAUGUUCUUACUGGACAAUAUCCAUGAAGCUCUUGUGUUUCUUAUUGAAGAUAAGUUAUCAGACAAGUUGCUUCAACAAAAAUCAAGUAAGUCUUUGUCUUGUGAUGAACUAGGAGAAAUAUUGUACUUUAAGGUUAGAAAACUUGAAGGCAACAAUGCUUCCUGUAUAACAGGGAUGUUGCUUGACCAAGAUAUAUCCAGUCUGGUUAGCUUGCUACAAGAUGAUAACUUAUUGAAGAUGGCUGUGAAUAAAGCAAAGGAAUCUCUCAAUUCUCAUGAACCAUCCAGGCUAGCAGACACUAAUGUAGUGGAUAAAGACAACAUAGCCUUCCAAUGUCCAGUCUCCAAUAAUAUAGAUUGCCCUGUGUGUAGUCAAUAUGAUGUGAAAAACUGCAAAGAGUCUUUGGGUCUACACAUCUUCAAUGAAGUUAUUAAAGUUCACCCAGAUAUCAACACAGCUUCUAAGCUCACAGGAAUGAUACUGGAAAUGGAUCAAUCAUCUCUACGUAAUAUUUUUUCUAAAAAGCAUUUAAUUCAAUGUGUUAUUGAUAAAGCAUUCAAAACUUUAAUAAAUAGUUCCUGAUAUCAAAAUUCUACUUGUGGUCUGUAUCCUAACUUGAACCAUGACAUUAGUUUAUGAUACACAUACAGUAUAUAAAUAGAUUCACUUCAUGAAAAUAGCUAAGAUAAUUGAAGUUUGUUUUUGGUCUGCCUUACAUCGUUUUACUUUAAAAAACAGAUUUGUAGAAAUAUUAAUAAAUUGUUAAAUGAAACAAUUGUUUUAAUAAACCCAAUGAAAUCUUGUUGUUUAAUCAAGAUCAAGCUAGUAUUUUUGUGUAUUCUGACCUUUUACAUGUGUAAAUAAACCUAGGUUAAAUCUGUUUCAAUUUUGGAACUUCUGGAUAUUUCUAUUUUGUGUUAAAACUAAAAACCUAUAAAUCUUUUACCACUUUUUUAUGCUGUUAAAAAAAAAGUCUUUUUAAAAAGUGUACACCUUUUUUUUUUCUUCUGUUAUAUAAUAAUGUGAUAUUUUGUUCUGUCUUGUUAUGUUUAUGCCUUUUAUUUUUUUAAAGUAAUGUAUUUUUUUAUUUUUUUGUGAUAAAUAUAUGCAAUGGAAUUUGAAAAAUAGACCCUUAAGUUGUUUGUUAUUUUGGCACUCUAGUUUAGAGAUAGCCUCUACUUCAAUCACAAGGUAGUGUGCUAUCAUCAAGAACUAGUUCUAUCAUUGAACUCCAUUAGAGUGAUAGAAUUAGAUCAUGCCAUGCUGUGCUGGUAGUUCAUGUUAGCAGACAUUUCAUAGAUAAAGGACAGCUAUUUGUUUUGUUCAACAGAAAGCUUCUGUUAUGUGAAAGGACCAGUCUUCAUGUCUACAGAUGAUAGUUCAUAACAAGAGGACAAGACAGGAUUGGACCAAUUGGCCAAUCAUCAUAAUUCUAUACUAUAAAAGUUGCCACUUUUAAAUACAUAGGCUACAAUGAGAGUAGUGAAAGAAAUGUUUCAUUUCUUCUCAGAACAGCAGAAAGAUACUGAAUGUAUAGUCCACUAGUUUACAUAAGGCUUGGGCUGUUAGUCAGUUUUCUUAACAUGUUGAGACAAGCUGUUGGUCAGUAUUCAUGACAUGGAGAGACUUGGGUAUUUGGUCAGUAUUCAUUAGAUGGUGAGACAGGCUGUUGGUCAGUAUUCAUGACAUGGUGAGACUUGGGUAUUUGGUCAGUAUUCAUUACAUGGUGAGACAGGGUGUUGGUCAGUAUUCAUAACAUGGAGAGACAGGCUGUUGGUCAGUAUUCAUAACAUGGAGAGACUUUAGCCAUUGGUCAGUAUUGGUAACAAUAGGAAAAACCUCUACAAAAGUUAUUUUACAAAGUAUCUUUGGGAAAUAUUUAGUGUUCUUAUAGUCUAAAUGUUAUUUUACACUUGGUUGCUUUACUGUGACACUAAACAAAGUCUCAAGAUUCGAUGUGUGUGCAUGUAUCUGCCUCAUUAGGAUAAACAACUCUGUCAAGUGGACGAUAACAAACUCUUAAGCAAUUAAAUCGUUGAACAAAAUGUAAUGUAACUCUUAUAGAUUUCACAUGGGAUAUUAAAGAGAAACUGGGGUAUGAACAUAUAGUUUGUAUGCUAUCGUACAAAUUGUCUGCUCUUAUAAUGUAGUGUUAUGUUUAAUGAACAAUUGUAAAACAAAUUACUCCACAGGUGAUGAAGAUUAUUAUAAUUAUUAUGUUUAAUGUUAUCAAAUAAUAAAAUUCUAAUUGACAUGAUACUUGA